AUGGAGGUUAACUUCCUGGUAGCUGAUGGCAAGGUGCGUGAUUAUUGGAAAUUCAGUCCGGAAUCGCUCAGCACAAGCAUCGCCACAACAAAUAAGGAUGGCAGCAUCAUUAGUGGUAUUACACUCUGCAGUUCGAUAUCGCUGACCCCUACCCAGAACCCCACUGCAUGCAGCUGGUCUGUAUUCAAAAAGUCAACCCGCAACUACCACACGCUUGCCUCAAUUUUUGCAUCUACCGGCAGACUCAUUGAAUCAGGGUCAAUUCCCCUUCCAGGCCAUGACUACAAGUAUAUACAGGGUGUCGUAGUCCACGCGAGCGGGAUAGUUGCAUUUUCGGUCAUUCUUGCGUCUGCAGCAGUGCUGGGGCUGAUUCUAUUCCUGACGAAAAUCAUGAAUCUUUAUUCCUACCAUGCAAUGGACGUUGUUGCCAGUACAGCACUCGAGGAGAAGGUCAGUAUAUGCGAGCCCUCAACCCUGGAAUACCACCAUGACGGAAGCCACGAUUCGGGAUACAAUAUGGCUGUAAACGAGUUUGUUCUCAAGGGAAUACGUUCGAACAAGGACGAGUUGUCUUGUGAGCCGACGAUAAUUGUAUUUAUUACUCAGAAUUGUACCCACUCGAAAACACCAUGGUGUGCGCACCAGCGGGAGCCGUUCGAAAGCUCACAAAUGAAAAUGGCUUCCAAUGAGACCGAUCCAUUGUCAUGGGUGUGGGCAAGUGCUGAGCUGGCUAUAGAUCCGCUCUAUUCGCACAAAGAUGACCCACAAAUACGAUUCCUCUCCAAGAGCAUUUCCGGCAACAGCCAGUUUAUGCGUCUGCCACCUGUUGCUGGUAGUUCCCACCAAUCGCAUACUUUGUUGUGA